AUGUCGAGCGAGGAUGAGAGCGGGAACCGCGGCGAGUGGUGGGUCUACUUCGUGUACCUCAGCACGCUGACGCCGUGGGGUAUCAUGCAGGUCCAUGACGCCAUCGACCAGGAGCGAAGGGCCAUCCGUGAUGUCAGGAACCGCCUCAUGCUGGGAACCGGCCUGACCCUGGCGUCGGCGAUCGUCGGCUUCUGGUACGUGGCGUGGGCAGCCAGCGUGGGAGAGGCUACGGAGUCCGCGACGAUGCUCGUCGGUGUCGUCCUGAACUUUUGGCACUGGGUCAGGGUCACCCGGGGAUGGUACUCUCCUCCCUGUCCCACUCUAUACCAAAACGGAAGAUUGCCGACUACAGCAUAA